AUGGAUACACCAUUCGCGGAAUCGUACAAGGAGAAGGCGUUGCGGAAGUUGAAGGAAGAACCUUUGGUCCCCAUAGGCGCGGUAGCUACAACCGCAGCUCUCACUAUGGCCAUGAUCCAGAUGCGCAAGGGGAAGUCCAGCUCGUUCAACAAAUGGCUACGAGUCCGUGUAGUGGCGCAGGGGUUGACUAUCGUAGCCAUCUGUGCGGGCACUGUCACGUUCAGCACGCACAAGCCGCCGACUCGCGAGGAACUUGCGGCGGCGGCGCAGCGGAAGCAUGACGAGGACAGGGCGGACUUUGAGGCCAGGAUGCGGGAAGCGGAGGAGGCCGAGGCCGUGGACAGGGCCGCGAGGCCGGCGAAGAUCGUGUUGAAGAAGAAGACGUUUGCGGACAAGAAGGAAGCUGCCGUCGAGGCGGCUACCGGAGCGGCCGAGGGUGCUGCAGCACCCGGCGCGGCGAGCUCGAGUUCGACACCUAGUUCAUCAUCUUGGUGGGGAUGGGGCUCAAAGUAA